AUGGAGUCUCUCGGAAAGCUACAGCUUCAUCAGAAGCCAAUUCAGGUCUCUCUCACUCACUUCUCUUCACCGUUCCCGAAAAAUCCUUCGUCUUUCUCUCUCAGAUCUCUACACCGAUCAACUUCGUCCUUGAAAUGUGUUUCUAUCAGAGCUUCGUCGUCACCAAAGUCCCAAGACUCGAGACUCCCAGUUUUGCAAUCAUUACCUUCACGUCUCCUGAAAUCGACCUGCAUCACCUUCACCGCUGCAGCGGCGUUGUUCUUCGUGAAUCUCCAGGUCAAAACUCCGACGGCGAUUGCGGCUCCUGUCGCGGCUUCCCCGACGGUGGAAUCUCUUAAACAGAGGAACGGAGACGUUUCGUUUGAAGAAGAAGAGCGAUCGCUUGAACAGCAUUUAGCUUCUAACCCUGAAGAUGUGGAUGCUCUAAGGUCGUUAAUGGAGGUAAGGAUCAAAUCUCGUAAGCUUAUAGAAGCUGUAGAAGUGAUUGAUCGUUUGAUAGAAUUGGAACCAGAGGAAAAAGAAUGGCCGAUUUUGAAAGCUAAUAUCUUUAGUCAUAGUGGAGAUUUAGAGUCUGCUAAAAGUGGGUUUGAAGAGAUUCUAGCCAAAGAUCCGCUUCGUGUCGAGGCUUAUCAUGGACUGGUUAUGGCUUACUCUGAAUCGGGCGAUGAUUUGAAUGCGGUGGAGAAGAGAAUUCAGGAGGCAAUGGAGAAAUGCAAGAAAGGGAAGAAUCGUAAGGAUUUGAGGGAUUUCAAGCUGUUAGUGGCGCAGAUUCGGGUAAUUGAAGGGAAGCAUAACGAAGCGUUGAAGCUUUAUCAGGAGCUUGUGAAGGAAGAACCGAGAGAUUUCAGGCCGUAUCUCUGUCAAGGGAUUAUAUACACGGUGCUUAAGAAGCAAGAUGAGGCGGAUAAACAGUUUGAGAAGUUCAGGAAACUUGUCCCAAAGAAUCAUCCUUACAGAGAGUAUUUUAUGGAUAAUAUGGUUGCUACGAAGCUCUUUGCGGAGAAGGCGCAGCGAGAGAUGGCUGGAUCAAAGAGUUAA